AUGGAGAAUUUCCUGCAUUCGAAGGAAUAUUGGAAUUUGGUAAAGAGUGAAGUUUCGGUUGCAAAUAUUGGAAUGGCAAUUACUAAGGCAUUGAGGAAGGAGUUCGAGACACUCUACAUGAUGAUGGGAGAGAUGAUGAACGAGUAUUUCUCAAGUACACUUAUGAUUGCGAACAAGAUGAAGGUUAAUGGAGAAGAGAAAAGUGAUAUUGCAGUAAUGGAAAAGAUCCUGCAAUCUAUGACUCCAAAAUUUAAUUACGUGGUCUGUUCAACUGAGGAGGUGCAAGACACUAGUAGCAUGCCUAUAGAUAAAUUACAAAGUAGUUUGCUCAUGCAUGAGCAAAGGAUGAGCAGUUUUGAUGAGGAACAUGCCUUGAAGGUGACAUACGAGGGAUCUGUGAAGUAA